AUAAAUAAAUUAAUAAAUAAGAAGAAAGACUAAAGGAAAGGUAAAAUCGAGUUCCAUAUAAAUACCAUUGGUUUUUACAGAAACUUCAUUCGAGAAACGAAGUUUGACUUGAAACAAAUUAAUCAGAGAAAACCAUAAUGAAGUAUUUAACCUUAAUUUUAACGCUGUCCGUUGUUUGUGCAGAUGAUUUUAGCAUAAUAAAGUCAUUCACAAAAUGUUACAAGAAUUUCCAAGACAAUGUUUUUGAAUCGAACAAGAGGCAGGUGUGGCAGAAAUACUGUUUAGAUAACAACCCUUAUGUUCGGCAACGUUUUGGAGGUUGGGUUAACCAUAUUCCAAAUAUUCAUGACUAUAAUAAUAUGGGAAAUCUACCAAAGCCUCUUACGUCAAAGCGGGCCAGAAAGGAAUAUAGAAUGCUCACUACAAAAGAGAGACAUGAUUUCCAUCAAGCCAUUAAUCUAUUAAAACAAGAUACGAGUUUGGCACCAAACGUCUACGAUGCGAUCGCCUUCCUCCAUUCUGGUCCCACGGUUAUAAACGCUCACGCUGGCCCUUCUUUCUUAGCUUGGCACAGAAUCUACCUUAACAUGUAAGUAUUUUCUUCUAGAUGUAA